CUGCGCGCCCGCGCUGGGUCUGCCGUUGGGACCAUGGCGUCUGCUUGCAUGCUCGCUCUGCUGCUGCUGCUCCUGGGAGGCUUCCCCGCCGCCCCCGCCGAGUCGAUUCGAGAGACUGAGGUCAGAGCCCCCCAGGACCUCAUGGAAAGCAGAUACUUCUCUGGAGCCCUCCCUGAUGACGAAGAUGCCGGGGGCCUCGAGUUUGAUGAGCAGUCGGGCUCUGGAGAUCUGGAUGGUACGGAGGAGACUAGGACCUUCCCUGAAGUGAUUCAGCCCUUGGUACCUCUAGAUAACCACAUUCCUGAGAGGGCACAGCCUGGGAUCCGUGUCCCCUCAGAACCCAAGGAGCUGGAGGAGAAUGAAGUCAUUCCCAAAAGGGUCUCACCCUCCGAAGUGGACAGUGAUAUAUCCAACAAAGUGUCCAUGUCCAGCACUGCUCAGGACGGCAACAUUUUUGAGAGAACCGAGGUCCUGGCAGCUCUGAUUGUGGGCGGCGUGGUGGGCAUCCUCUUCGCCGUUUUCCUGAUCCUGCUGCUGGUGUACCGCAUGAAGAAGAAGGAUGAAGGCAGUUAUGACUUGGGCAAGAAACCCAUCUACAAAAAAGCCCCCACCAACGAGUUCUACGCAUGAAGCUUCCCAUGAGUGCUGCUUGGACUUACGGGGAGGAGGGGAGUCAAAGGACUGGACGGUGGGCAUUAUAGUAGAGGGAGGGCACCUUAAUACUGACUUGUCAGUGUCUGCGGUCACCUUCCUGGUGUCAGAAGAGAGAUCAUCUUCUUCUGUGCUGCCUCACUUGGAUUUGGGGGGUGGGGAUGUGUGUCUCGGUUGCCCUGGCAGAAAAAAAAGGGUUUAAAAUAGCCUUUUCUAAAGGCAAGCCUGCGAUUGGGUUGUUCCCCCCUCCCCCCCUCAAAUUUCCAGAAUAGAAUCUAGGGCCAGUUUAGGGCCUGUGCCGAGUGUGCCUCAUCCAUGACUGCCCUUGACUCUGGAAACUGAGCUGGCUGCCUUCCACAUGCUGUAUACCCUGUCCGUCUGUCAGGAGCUAGGACAAGAAGCUAGAAUCCUCUGCACCGUGAUGUGUCCACCCACGCGUGGUUCACACUACAGAGUCUCUGUGGUAUACCUAGGCUCUUUCCAGUGACUUUUGGAAAUCACCCUUUUUUUUUUUUUUUUUAAAUCUGGGGAGGGUGGGGUGAAGUGCUGAAAUGCAUUUGUAGAAGAUUGGUAAAACUAAUUUUUUUAAAAGGGGUUCACUCCUUUAUGUAAGUGUCUGUGCCUGGGCUAAGAGUGGGGGGUGUGCAGAUGUUCUAUGUGGAACAUUUCCAUUGUCCCAGCAGAGUUUGUAUGUCAUGGUUUUUAUGUUGUUCUGUUUGCUUUUUGAAAUGAGAGAAGAGUUGGAGAUAAUGAUUUUUAUUAAUUUUUUGUUACUAUUUAUAGCUUCAGACAGGGCUGCUUCUUCAUCUUCCUUUUUAUCUUUACUGUCCCCCACCAUUUUUUAAAAACACUCUGCCCUCUUGUUGAUGACCUUGGCCCUUUCUGAAGUUGCUUUGUCUAAGAAGUAGCUAUAGUGUUCUAGCAGAUUCCAGAAUAUAACGUAGGGGAUAAGUGGGAUAUUUGAGUAUGUGUUCUUGUAAUAUAUUACCCUUAUUUGGCUCUAGAAGAAUAGAUGAAUAUAUUUUUUUAGGACAUAGAGUGGUAUUACCAGUUUCAUGUUGGCUGGGUGGCUGCGUGAGUGAAGUUUUGUGUGGCUGAGU